UCCGAUAUCCACACCGGCUGGGUGAUAACGCGAUCCUGCGUACUUCGUCCCAUCUACACUGAGACGCAGACUUCGAGAAGGGAGCGAGAGAAAUGGAGAACGGCGGCGGCGGCGACGUCCCCGAAGACGCCAACGAGCAUUGCCCUGGAACGGAGUCGGAGGAUGCAGGGAAGGCAGAGGCCUGCGCCGGAUGUCCUAACCAGCAGAUUUGCGCCACCGCUCCCAAGGGCCCUGAUCCCGACGUGGUUGCUAUUAUUGAGCGGAUGGCUACUGUGAAACACAAGAUAUUAGUUUUGUCUGGAAAGGGAGGUGUUGGAAAGAGCACCUUCUCGGCCCAGCUCUCGUUUGCCCUAGCUGAAAUGGACCAUCAGGUUGGUCUUCUUGACAUAGAUAUCUGUGGCCCUAGCAUCCCAAAAAUGUUGGGUCUUGAAGGUCAGGAUAUUCAUCAAAGCAACCUCGGUUGGUCACCAAUCUAUGUUGAGUCCAAUCUUGGUGUCAUGUCAAUUGGUUUCAUGCUGCCCAACCCAGAUGAUGCCGUCAUAUGGAGGGGUCCUCGCAAGAAUGGACUGAUCAAGCAGUUCUUAAAGGAUGUUGACUGGGGGGAGAUUGACUAUCUUGUAGUGGAUGCUCCUCCAGGAACAUCUGAUGAACACAUCUCUAUUGUGCAGUACCUGCAAGCCACAGGAAUUGAUGGUGCAAUUAUUGUCACAACUCCGCAGCAGGUCUCUCUCAUUGACGUGAGGAAGGAAAUAAACUUUUGCAAGAAGGUCGGUGUCCCGGUUUUAGGUGUUGUGGAGAACAUGAGCGGCCUGAGGCAGGCACUUUCAGAUCUCAGAUUCGUGAAGCCAGGCGAGGCGGGGGAGACAGAUGCUACCGAGUGGGCGCUGAACUACAUCAGGGAGAAAGCCCCUGAGCUUUUGUCAGUUGUCACGUGCAGCGAGGUGUUUGACAGCAGCAAGGGUGGCGCGGAGAAAAUGUGCAACGAAAUGGGAGUCCCUUUCCUCGGUAAGGUGCCCAUGGAUCCACAGCUGUGCAAAGCCGCCGAUGAAGGGAGAUCAUGCUUCGCUGAUCAGAAGUGCAGUGCAAGUGCACCGGCUCUCAAGAGCAUCGUCAAGAAGGUGAUCAAGACCGAGUGAAAAAUUAGUUUCGGCCUGCUGGGGAACCAGUGCUGAACAAGGUACAACGAUGUCAGAGUUUCAAUGUACGUUACUAUCUUUUACGUGCUUAAGUUGUAUUAGCGCCAGUCUUAGUUUUGCCUUUUGCGCUAGUUUUUGGCGGUGAAUCUGUUUUGUGAUUUGUGUCAGCAGUACAGACGAAACUGCAGGAUACUGAUGAGUGGGCUGCGGAAUAGUUUUGAGCUGCAACCUAAUACUUGCUUUUUUAAAUGCUUUGUACACGAACGGAAUGGAUUCUGUUUGCAAAAUCCGAGCUGCCUUCUCUUG